UACUUUUGUGGCCACUAGAGAACGGUAGAGGAAACGGUUAUACACAAAGUGAUGGGGCCACGCCGUCAUCCCUUACAAGCAUUACAAAGUCUUAAUACAUUCAGCUUACCGAUGGUUGAGGAACCAAAGAUAUUUUCCUCAUUUCGGGAUCGAUUGCACCACUUACAGAGAACGGAGAAUGACCGGGUAUGCUUCGGUAGAUCUGGUAUACAUGGAUGGGGGCUUUUCGCACGUAGAAACAUUCAAGAAGGAGAAAUGGUUCUUGAAUAUCGUGGCGAACAAGUGAGGCGCACUAUUGCUGACCUGAGGGAGGCGCGGUACAGAUCGGCGGGCAAAGACUGCUAUCUUUUUAAGAUUAGCGAAGAAGUAGUUGUCGAUGCCACCGACAAAGGAAAUAUAGCACGCUUGAUCAACCAUUCAUGUAUGCCCAACUGCUACGCAAGGAUCAUGAGUGUGGGGGAUGAUGAAAGUCGGAUUGUACUCAUUGCGAAGGCUAAUGUCCCUGCUGGCGAGGAGCUAACGUAUGAUUACUUGUUCGAUCCCGAUGAACCCGAUGAAUUCAAAGUCCCGUGUCUAUGUAAAGCGCCAAACUGUCGGAAGUUCAUGAAUUAGGGCAAUAGGAUACACAUUAACAGUCAUCAGUCAUUGUUUCAUCUCAAAGAUGCUAACCCAUUCUCCUCAUCUACCUUAUACUACUCAAUUUGCACUGCUUGCAGCCAACAGCAAAAAAGGAAAGGAAAGUUCUUCAGUUUUUUUUUUUUUUUUUUUUUUUUUGGUUCUAUUUCAAAACCUAAAGGCUUAAUAAUAAAGGUUAGGCUACAUAUUGAUUAGCUGGGGUUCUGGUUUAGGGCGUUGAUGUAAAUUUUGUACUCUCUUCUUUCUCAAUAGCUAGCUGAUUAGCUGAAUGUUGUUGACCCAUCCUCUUCUACUUCCCUCCUUUUUGACACCGAAGGGCUUUACUUGUUGGAAAUUGAGCUGCAAAAUGUGAUAAAA